UCUAAAACCAGCCGAUUUAACAGCCGACCCCACUCACAAACACAGGUGCGAAAAGAACUUAAACUAAACGUCUCCGGCCGGUUUGUCGGUCAUAGAAAGAAGAAUGAACCUUUAGUUGAAUAACAAAAGCGUUAUAAUGCCGUUUGGAAAUCUCAUAAGUGGAAUAUUGGAUCAUCUUCCGCUGAUAGGAGGAAGGCGUAGACAACAUCAAGAUGAAUGGCGUACUGUUUACGUUCACAACCGUUACCCUAGCAACGAUCCAGAAGUAGAAAUUAAACAGAAACAUUAUGCAGACAAUGAACUUUUAACUUCUAAGUAUACUUUGUGGAACUUUAUUCCUAAAAACCUGUUUGAACAGUUUAGACGAAUAGCAAAUUUCUAUUUCCUUUGUAUUGGAUGUGUUCAGUUAUUGAUAGACAGCCCAGUGAGUCCUGUUACAAGUAUUCUUCCUCUUUGUUUUGUUAUAACGGUUACUGCUAUAAAACAGGCAUAUGAAGAUUAUCUCAGGCAUAAGGUAGAUAACGAGGUGAAUAACAGACCCUGUCGAGUUGUCAUUAAUGGUAAAGUGGAAGAUGUACCUUCUAAAAGCAUCAAGGUUGGUGAUAUAGUAAGAGUCAAGGACAAUGAAGAAUUCCCGUGUGACUUGGUGGUUUUAUCAUGUGAAGACCCUGAUGGUGUUUGUUACAUAACUACUGCCAACCUUGAUGGUGAAACUAAUCUUAAGGUACGGAAUGCAGUAUCUUCAACUACUAAACUCCAAACACCUCAAAAACUGGACGAUUUAUCAGCCACAGUAGAAUGUCAGCAUCCACAUGAAGACUUAUAUAGUUAUUCUGGAAGAAUGAUUAUUAGUAGACGUUUCAGUGAAGGAGAAGCUCCUGACAUCAAAUCACUUGGCCCUCAGAAUCUUCUUCUAAGAGGGGCAAGAUUAAAGAACUCUGACCAUGUUUUUGGUGUUGCUGUUUAUACUGGAAAAGAAACAAAGAUGGCACUAAAUCAAGCAGAAGCUCCUCACAAGUUUUCUACAGUUGAAAAGACAAUGAAUGCCUUUUUGGUUGUAUUUUUAAUUGUCCUGGUUCUCCAAGCCAUGUUGUGCACUGGUCUAAAGUACUGGACAAUUAGUACAACACGGGGAUCUGCACCUUAUGCUGGGCCUGAGUCAAGUGCUACAUUUAAGAGAGUUGUAGAGAACUUUUUGAUUUUCUUAAUUCUCUACAAUUAUGUGAUUCCUAUAUCACUGUAUGUUACAGUCGAAUUGCAAAAAUUUAUUGGUGCCCUAUUUUUUGUAUGGGAUGUUAAAAUGUAUAAUGAGGACACAGAUGAAAAAGCCAUAGCGAAUACCUCAGAUUUAAAUGAAGAAUUAGGACAAAUUGAAUACAUAUUUACAGAUAAAACAGGAACUCUAACUGAGAAUGACAUGCAGUUCAAAGAAUGCUCCAUCAAUGGACAAAAAUAUUGUGAAGAGGAGAUGCAGUUGUUUGUGGAUGGACAAGACACUAAUGUCCACGUACAACAGUGUUCUCAAGAUGUGCUGGAUUUUUACAUUGCCUUAUCCCUGUGUCACACUGUUCAAGCAUCCCUAGAGAAAGACACUAGUUCAUUUUACAAAUACCAUUACCAGGCUUCAUCACCAGAUGAGAAGGCACUUGUAGAGGCAGCAGUCAGAUUUGGUGUUGUGUUCCAAGGAAAAUCUGGUGAUGAUAUGGAGCUUGAUAUAUUAGGCAACAUCCACAAAUUUACACUUCUACAUGUAUUAGAAUUUGAUUCAACUAGAAAACGAAUGAGUGUCUUUGUCAAAACACAAGAAGGUAAAUAUUUGCUACUGACAAAAGGUGCUGAGACUGCUGUCUUAGAUCGUCUCAGGAGUGGUCCACAAGACGUCACUCAAGAUCAUGUAGAUGGCUAUGCAGAGAAAGGACUUCGAACUUUGGCCAUAGCCCAAAGAGAAUUCACAGAAGAAGAAUAUUUGGAUGCUGAUGCAAAGCUCACCAAAGCACAACAAGCAAUUAAUGACCGUGAGGAACAGCUUGCCACUGUGUAUGAUGAAGUUGAAAGAGAUUUGCAUCUCCUUGGAGCCACAGCUGUGGAAGACAAACUUCAAGAUGGUGUGCCAGAAACAAUAGAAGCCAUGAGAGAAGCAGGAAUAAAAGUCUGGGUUUUGACUGGAGAUAAACAGGAAACAGCUGUAAAUAUCAGCCAUUCAUGUGGACAUUUUAAGCAUGGUAUGGAUUUAAUGUUUGUCGUCAAGAAGAAUUCACCAGAGCAAUGCGAAGAAGCAUUGAUGCGCUAUAGGGAUAAAGUUCAAAACAAGUCAAGCAGCAAUAUUUUUGGUUUGAUUGUUGAUGGGCGUAGCCUUGGACACGUCUUUAAUGGACACAAAGAACUUUUUAAAGAGGUUUGUCGUGAAUGUGUGGCAGUAUUAUGCUGUCGGAUGUCACCACUCCAGAAAGCCCAGGUCGUACAGAUGAUGAAGACAUCAAGAGAGAAACCUGUUACCUUGGCAAUAGGGGAUGGUGCUAAUGAUUGUGGGAUGAUACAGGAAGCCCAUGUAGGGAUAGGUGUUAUGGGUAAAGAAGGCAGACAAGCCGUCAUGACAAGUGACUACGCUAUUUCUAGAUUUAAGUUCUUAUGGAGAGCUUUGCUUGUCCAUGGACAUUAUUACUACAUACGCUCAUCUAUCUUGGUACAAUACUUCUUUUAUAAAAAUGUUUGCUUCAUCACACCUCAGUUUUUCUACUCAUUCUUCAAUGCAUUCUCAGGACAGCCAUUGUAUCAUGGAUUCUUCUUAACAUGCUACAAUAUCUUUUUCACUUCAAUACCAAUCCUUGUAUAUGGUGUGUUUGAACAACAUUUAAAAUCAGAAACACUUCAAUCAAGGCCACAUUUGUAUAAGGAUGUCUCUUUUAAUAGUCGUUUAUCAUGGAAAGAAUUUAUAUACUGGAUAGCAUCAGGGUAUUGGCAUUCUAUUGUGUUCUUCUUUGGGGGUUAUCUGAUGUUUCACAGUGAAAUGCUUGGGGCAAUGAAUUUUAGUUUGUGGUCAUUUGGAACUUUUGUAUUCAUGGUGUGUGUCAUUGUUAGUAAUCUAAAGCUGGCUUUAGUUACACAUUAUUGGACAUGUUUAACUCACAUUGGUAUCUGGGGUUCUAUUCUAACAUUCUUUGUGUUUGCUGUAGUUUUUAACAGCAGUAUGUGGAUUGGCUUCCAAGAAACGUUUGGUGGUGAAGUGUCAGCUGACAUGUUCAGAGUGGUUUUUACAUUGCUAAAUGACGGCAUCACUUGGCUUGGAGUGCUUUUACUGGUGUUUAUAUCACUUUUACCAGACAUGGUUGGAAUGAUUUUCUGGAGACACCUAAGUCCUAGUGAGACACAGAAAGCACAGGGAUCCCAAGACACCUCGUCAAGGGACUACAGUGUACGACAGUCAAGAAUAACACUUAGUGGUACAGAGUUUAACAAUAUUGUAUAUCCUCUUCCAAACUGAACAUGGAGUCGUUGAAUACUACUCGUUAAACACAAAGCUAUAGCCGCUACAUUCACCACUGAUGAACAACGACCUGACAAAAGCUGUAUAUAUUCUUACAAAGACAGAAUCACGACUAAAAUGCACCAAUAUCUUGCCAACCUAUCAACACGUAAUUCACCUUUAAAUGCACCGGAUAUGCUGUCUGCACAUUAAGCACCUGCCAAACUAUUGCAUGAUGGGAAGAAAUAGCAUAUCACGUGACUUUGGUGCCAAUGCUUUUCAGAAACUUAGAUAAUCCAAGACAUCGCAUGUUGAUAUUUUAUAGCAUAAGUCAGCAAAAAAUGGUCGUUAAUCUAUAGAUAAUGAAAGUUCACUUUGUUGAUGGCUGCAGUGAAAUUUAGUACAUUCAAACUAAUAGUAAUGACGAUAGAUCAGUGAAUUGAUCAGAAAUUAUAAUCAUGAUUUCAAAUGACAUUUGUAGAUAUGACUGUUUUAAUAGAAUAAUUCAGAUGUUUUAUAGUAUUGUAUGGAAUUAUUCCUUCGUGAGUUUUGUAUAUCAUUCUCUAUUUGGUACUCCAGUAGGAAUAUUACUCGUCUCAGCACUUCCAGGUUUUUUUGUUUGUUUGUUUUUCCCUCAAGCAGUUUUCUAAUGAUGCAUAUUGUUUACUUCUUGUACACCAUUAGUAAUGCGUAUUUGACUUAAAAGUACUCAAUGCAGCUGUAAAAAGAAUUUACCAAGGCAAUAAAAAGGAAUGAUCUUGUAA